AACUAUGUCAAUCUAGUGAAUUUAGGUGAAUGAAACCAAUUGUGAAAUAGAUUUCAAUAGGAUGGGUUUAGGAUGUGGAGUCAAGAACGUAGAACUUGUCGCUUACAUAGGAAAGCAAACUCAAGGGAGUGAAUCCAAUGAAAGGGCAACAACUCAAGGGAACGAAUCAAAUUCAAGGAUAAAAACAAACGUUCCGAAAAUCACCUCCGGUAUGGAAGCGUAUGUGAUGUACAUUGCCAACAAGCUACAAGAAAUACGGUUUGGAAAACCGAGUGAAGUACGGAUUCUACACUUCGGAGAAUUAAAAACAUGGACAUUUUGGCGAGCUGUACUAGCAGAAUUUGUAGGAACAUUAUUAUUUGUAUUUUUGGGAUGUGCAUCUGCAGUACCCAUGACUGGAGAGUCACAAUCAACUAUUAAGAUUGCAUUCGCUUUUGGAAUCUCCAUAAUGGCUUUAAUUCAAAUGUUCGGACAUAUUUCUGGUGGGAAUUUUAACCCUGCAGUGUCAUUUGGAUUAGCAGCAGGCGGUAUCAUUACACCUGUCCGUGCAGUAUUAUACACAGUAGCUCAAAGCGUCGGCGCAGUACUCGGAGGACUCAUCUUAAAAGGGGUUACCGUAUCAACAUACCACAAUAACCUUGGUGUCACGUCCAUUAAUCCCCUUUUAAAUGUUGGACAGGGAUUCGGUGUGGAAGUGAUUUUAACUUUUGUUUUGGUUUUUGUAAUUAUUGCCACUAUAGAUUCAAAUAGAACAGAUGCUGGUAUGGCAUCGGUAGCUAUCGGAUUAACAGUUGCAGUGUGUCAUCUUGCAGGGAUUACCUACACUGGUUCCAGUAUGAAUCCUGCCAGAUCACUGGGUAGUGCUGUCGCCUCAAACAGUUUCAACGAUCACUGGGUUUACUGGGUCGCUCCUAUACUUGGUGGAGUUAUUGCAGCAGUUUUAUAUAAAUUUCUUUUCUCGCCAUUCCGUAACGCAAUCCCGAUAGAUGAAGCUGUAAACGAAUUAUUGCAAGAUGGGGACAUGAUUGUUAUUCCAAAAGAUUACUUCACUGGACGAAGUCAACAAAAAAUACACACUGUCAACAGUCAAUUAUAAGAUACUAUUUGUUUUCUAAACAAUCUCUUAUUGACAUCUACAAAUACAAAGUUAUUAGAUAAUACACUGCUUACUACAUCACUGUCUUUAUGGAAGGACGUACACUACUGAAAUUCAAGAAGACUUUUUUUCCUAACAAAAAUGUUGGAAUAAUACAUAUGCCAACACAUAGAUAUGUCCGAUAGCUUGUCUUUCUUUUCUUUUUUAUUGAUAUAAGCAUUUACAUUUUUUAAUUGAAGGUGGGGAAAAGAUAUUAUAGCUGGUAAAUAUGUGAAUAUUUGACCCGAAUUAUAAACUAAGUUUGUUAGAAUUGUAACAUAAGCUUCAUAUAUCCCUUUUAAAUAUUUUGUGAUUUCAUUGUUUCGUACAGAAUUGCAAGUACGCAAAAGUCUUCGAAAAACACAGUAACACAAACUGCUGUGAUCUGGUUCAAUAGAGCAAUCUUAUGUUAUAUUCCUAAUAGGGAAAUUGUUUUGUUUGAAACAUAGGUAAACAAGAAAAUGUGUAUUUUAACUAAAAAGUGCAUUUUUACAUCGUGUCGAUAUUAGGAAAAUCAACAAUUCUAUGUUCUUUUUGAUGGCUAAAAAAAGAUACAGUUAUACAGUUAUGUAUGCAUAGCGUUAUUAUUAUGUUUAUUCAAUCAGAAGGGAUAUAUAUAUAUAUAUAUAUAUGAUGGUCAUUAACUAUUAGAUAUACUAUUGGUGCUUAUAUUAAGUUUGCUAAAUUUGAGAUGAUCCUUACAAAGCUAGUUCAGAACAAAAUAUUAAAAUGCACUAAAAUA